AUGUCAUUAAAAAAUGCUCGUUUUCCUCUUCAAGAUGUGUUCAAUAGAAUAAUAGAACAAACAAAAAUUGAGAUAGUUGAACCAAUUGCUAGUUACCCAAUUUUAAAAAAAGAAAUAGUUUAUAAUCAUUUAAUUCAUCCUGAUCCCACAGAUACUCUUUAUGAAAAUGUAAUAACUGAAAAUUGUAUUCUGAGUUCUGUAAACAAGAAAAAUAUGUAUUUUUUGUUGAAAAAUAAUGUCAUUAUUUGUAUUAAAAAAAUUAUAAAAAAGGCUAAUGGAAGUGUAUAUUUUGAAGUUGUAAAAUACAACGCAGUCCCAUUUUUUGACAAUCCAUUAGUGUCUGAUAUUGUUGGAGACUUCUAUGUAGAUAUAUUUGAUGAAACAGAUAGUUUUCUUAUUAAUAUGUGUGAUAUUAAGCAUAAAUGUUUAUUUUUUAGUAUUUCUGAUGUAAAAGCAGUUGCAAUUACAUUGUUACAUGAUCUUUAUUAA